AUGGGCAGUCCAGCAAAAUACCAGGUCACGAGGCUGUGCAUCCCUGUGUACUGCAAGUACCAGUUCUUUAAGACUCCAGUUCACAGAACAGAGGGGCGACCCCAUGGAAUCCACAUCCACUUCCAGGACAUCAAUGUCAUCUUUCUUGGGGCAAUGCAGCCCAGUGACCUGAGGGAAUAUCUGGAGGGGCCCCCCAUGGUGGUGCAAGUUCAUGACAGGGACCGCAAGUUAGAGGAGUAUUUCCGGAAGCCCACCUUGUUUGGGGAUGACCCCUUGGAUGCAUACCUCAACCUCCAGUCCCUCAUCUCUCCGGAAGAGACAGAGAGCAACCCCUUUGAAUCCCACAACAAAAUAUGGGACCCUUAUGGGGUUGCCCAGGUCAGUUUUGCCGACCUUCUCCUUGGCCACAAGUACUUGAACUUGGUCGUCCCCAUCCACAGCUGUGAGCCCAAGCCCACACACCAUGGCCAGAAUGGCAGAAGCAGGAAGGUUGUGGGGUUUCGGGUCCCCACAGAUGGCUUCCAGCACAACCCAAUGCCAAUGGGUAAUUACCUCGAGGCCAACUCUGUGCUCAAGCUGCGGGUGGACAUUGCUGUGCCACUGCGGGCCAGGGCUGAAGCCCCUGACCCAGAAUUUACAGGCACCCAGUUUGGCCGCGUCGUUUUCGUGUUUGACUCCAAGAAGAUCUCCCUCCUCCAUGACCUGCUGCAGGACAUCACCAUGAUCAAUGCCAAGGCCCUUGAUCUGGAGGCGUACCCUAUCAGGGACAUUCAGCAGAUCCUGUCGGCCUUUAAGAUGCGGGUGAAGAUCCAGGAAAGGCAGGACCUGGAUGUGCUCACUGGCUUCCACCUGCUGGAUGGGAAGAUCCACCUUCUCAUUCUGGAGGGUUUAGCUGACCAAGGCUUGAAGCGGUUAUGGGACAGCCAUCAAAGCCGAGUCACCAAAGCAGAACAGGGCAGUUCCAAGGUGCUCUACAACUCGGCGCUGCGGUUCCACCACCGCCUCUACGCCGACCUGGAGACCAUCCUAUACCAAGUGCACCUCUUCAAGCCGCUGUCACAGCUCAUGAAGUGCUCGGCACUCUGCAUCCGCAACAGCGUUCUACAGAAGGCCUUCCAGGCCCUGACCAGGAUCUACAGCAUCUGCCAUCACUGCACCAAGCUCAGGGAGGUGAUCACCAGAGACCUGCUGCCGUCCUCCACCAUGGUCAAGGACUUGAGCCAAGAGCUGGGGCUGCCCAUCUCACAAGACGAUCUCACAGAUGGAAAAGUGACGGUCUUGCCAUCUCCACCGGCCCCCUGUCUUGAACGCUUCCUAAGUCGGAAAUCCACCCUCGCUUACGAGAUCCAAGCCCACAGGGACAAGUACCUGCAGGGGCGGAACACCAUGGUGCUAACUGACAAAGGCCGGGAGCCCAGCCUGAUCCAGGUUUGUACCUCUUAA